GAUUUAGCGAGUAUUUACUCCCUGCACUCCCUCCUGAACCUGGGACGCCUGAUAGGAGCGCGGCGAGAAGACGAGGUGCAUCUCUUCUUCCGAGGAGUCUCUUGUACUUCUCCGCCCUUUGCUUGAGGACUCUGUUUGUCAAGAUGCCCAUGAAAUGGAUUUUAUAUUGGCAGCCAAAUAGUGGAACUGCCAUCAACAGCCAAAUCCUCACAGAAGUCUAUCAAUGUGUUGAAAGCAUGAACGCAACCAAGGGAGGGCGAUGGAAGACCUCAAUCACUCUUUACAAAGUCAUAUUGCGAGACCCAAAUGCGCCUGCUGAAUAUGCUCGUGAUUUCCUUGGAAUCUCACUUAAUGAACAACCUAAUAAGCACUACUUCAUUCUUCGUGGUUCACGAGUAGUGGUGGAGGCAGAUUCAACGAUUUUAACAAUCAUGGAGAAAUUACAAUCUUACAAAUCCCGUUUGUCUCUUUUCUUUGAAGGUAUCCAAUAUCAGAUUGGUGACUUCCAACUAAGAGUAGGCAAGGUUGUUCUCUCUCACUCUGAAAACUUAAAGGGAAUCGUUAUGGAGGUGGAAUACAUGCCCAUUUCAUCAGUAGAGAAGUCCCGACAAAUCAUGGAGGAGUUUUUGGACAUCUGGCAGGAAACAUUGUCGAAGAAAUCGUUACCAGGUCAUUUUGUACAUAAUGAGGCAAAUUUCGCAGAUUAUGGCCUGGCAGAUCACUACACGUCACAACACACAGCUGUACAGUAUGUGCUUGUCAUGGGCCAUCUCAUUGCUGCAGUGAGAGGUUAAGAAUCAGACUAUCGCUAGCAUGUCUUAAGACAAUGAUUCACUGAUUCGUCCCUUUCCUCAACCCUGACGCUACAUUACUUUUUCUUGACCAUGGUUUUCACUCCAAGUGCGUUACUCCACCAAAAAUUGUUCGGUUGCAGUUGGAGAUGAAAUAAUUCUAUAAUAGUUCUAAAGCAGCAAAAAUUUGUUGUACAAACUUCUGCAGGAGUAUCUUGGCUUAUGUACAGGAAGGUUCUGCUCGUCUAGUACUUGUCAGAAACCUAAGUCAGUGUAGGCACAAAUAUGCAACAAGAUUAUGCGUCUUUCCGAAAAAAUAAGCUGUGAAAACAAGUAGCUUUACUUUUACAACCCUAUUAUAGUUUUUCA